GUAGUGACUACGAAAAUAAACCGGAGAACCAGACCUAGCGUGGAGCGGCUUCUAUUCUAGCGAGGCUCCAGAAACACCGUAAGCCACAAGCACCACGGCAGUAGAAUUCCCCUCGCGUAUCUCCAGCUUUCAGACGUCAAAGACGAUGCUGCCGCUGAGGUCCGCCGCGGCCGCGCCGUGCUUGGUUGCAGGAUUGCUGCUCCACCGAUUCUCAUCCUGCUCGUCCUCUUCUGUCUAUUCGGUCCGCCACCACGCCUCGUAUGCUGUCUCCUCCCAGCCCUCCACCUGCCCCACCACUACCUGGUUCCCUUUCCCCCAUUCCAGCAGCCCUAGGAUCCGGGGAUUUGCCGCCUGGGCAUCGGCGCCGGGGCAGGCGGGGUCUGCGGAUUCCCCCGCUACAAAGGCGCUAGAGGCUAAGAUCAAGGAGCAGCUGCAGGCGGACACAGUCACGGUUGUGGAUACCUCUGGGGAUGGCCGCCAUGUCUGCAUAGAUGUGGUUUCCAAGGUAUUUGAGGGAAAAUCAGCUGUAAAUAGGCAGAGAAUGGUUUACAAGGCUAUAUGGGAGGAGCUUCAGAGCACUGUGCAUGCUGUGGACCAAAUGACUACAAAAACGCCUGAUGAAGCUGGUGCCAAGUAAUCGAUAGCUGCAUAAUACCGGGGAGACAGAUUAUCUGUGCUUUUAAGAUCAGGCCAUUGUGUCGACAAAAAAUUCUCUUGUGUAGUAUUAAUUUGCGUGUCAACUGAAUGAUCAAUAAUUUGGAGUAUGAUUAGCGUGGCUUCAAAAACAAUAUAUACAUGUUUCUUCUCUGACAGUUGAUGGCUUGUUAGUGCUC